AUGAGCCAUAAAUCGAAGUCGUCGACAGACCACCAUGCGCACGAGCAGGAAUAUGCGGAGGAAGCUAAGAACCCGGGACUCGAUGUCUUGUCGCUCUCCCGUGCCGUCAAAGCACGGAAAUCCGAGUACACUGGCCGGCGAUCCAUCCGAGUCAAGGUCGGCACAUGGAACGUAGCUGCCAUCUCCGGUACUGAGAAAGACAUUGGAAAGUGGUUUGUCUGCGGACAAGGCGUGUGCGAGAAGUUGGAGGGCGUGAAAGGGAUACCGCCAGAACAUCAUGCGCCUGAAACGCAUGGCGAGUCAGAAUCAGCCGGAGACAAAACAGCACCCUUCCACUACAGCCCUGAAGACAUAGAUCUAUAUGUCCUGGGCUUGCAAGAGGUAGUGGAUGUCUCAUCCCCAGCAGAAGCGCUGCGGCCAUAUGUCGACCCGGGACCAUCUCAGCGGUGGAAGGAAGCAGUGGACGAGGCCCUGCCUUCGGGGUAUGAGCUUGUCUCUGAAGUCCAGCUAGUCGGCUUGUUACUUUUGAUCUAUGCGUCACCCUCCAUUGGAUCUGGUAUCUCUUAUAUCAGUAGUACGUCUGUCGGUACAGGGCUGAUGGGAUACAUGGGCAACAAGGGCGCUGUGGCAACCCGCCUUGUCUUGGGCGAAACGACUCGUUUAGUGUUUAUAAAUUCUCACCUGGCAGCAGGGUCAGACAAAAACAGUCUGGAGCGACGCAACUGGGACUCGUCUCAGAUUGUCCAGCGCGCCAAGUUUGAGCCCAUUUCGUUUGAGAACGACGCAUCGGAGGAUCUGGGCGAUUCAAUUGGAGAUGAGGAUUUCACUUUCUGGUUCGGUGACCUCAACUACCGCCUUGAGGAUAUUCCCGGCGAGGACGUGCGUCAGGUCCUUGCGCGGCAUACUGCCAAUCCGUACGAUAACGAGCGCUACGCGAAGCGGGACUCAAACCAUUCUGGUGUCUCUGGAGAUUCUACCGCCGAUUCAGGCGAUGAUUCACCUCCUCCUUCAGUCCAAGAUGGAUGGGCCCCAGACACCGACGACGAAAGUGAUCCCCACAACGACCCAGCAUCUCUACAGACUACAAUAUCUUCACUUCUCCCUCAUGACCAGCUCCGGAUUCAACAGACCAAAGGCACAGCAUUCCACAAGGGGUGGCGUGAGGGCCCCAUCUCAUUCUUGCCGACAUAUAAAUACGACGUCGGGAGUGUGGCUAUGUUUGAUUCGAGUGAGAAGCAAAGAGGUCCCAGCUGGUGCGAUCGGAUAUUGUUCCGCACUCACCAAGACAAGGUGAGGCAUGAGCUGCUCGACCGGGAAGCGGAGGAAGCUCGAAAAAGGGACAAAGACAUGACGGCAAGCGGUAUAGACAAGGCCGUUGCCGAUGAUAAUGUCUUGUUUGAAUAUAAUCCUGAUACAGACGGUGCAGAAAGCGAGUAUUCAUCAGACGAGGGCCAGUCUGAUGAUGAGGGUGAUACAUCGACCGUCGCAUCGCAAGAACUUUCUCAUGAUCCGAUUCGCCUUGACCAGUAUGUCUCAUACCAAGGCAUCGUUUCAUCGGACCACAAGCCAUUAGCUGCUACCUUCACCUUAGGCUUUAAUGCGGUCAACCCCGAGCUCAAAGCGAAGAUCCACCAAGAAGUGGCCCGCGAAUUGGACAGAGCUGAGAACGAAGCCCGGCCGAAUCUCACGGUCGUGGUGGAUAGACACCGCGAUCAGCCCGUCUCGAAAGAUCCCGACGGUCUUGAGUUCGGCGAUGUUGCCUUCGAUGUACCGGUUCAUCGAUCCCUAACGAUCGCCAACACCAGUGGAACUGCAGCAACAUUCUCAUUUGCCAAGCGACACGGCGACGCCGACGACACAAUUGCCCAAGCGCCUUCUUGGCUUCUUGUUAGCGUUUUCAAGUCACCAAACGCUGCUGGCGAGGACAGGCGAACGGUCACUGCGACGCCCGGGCGCCACACUUUGUACCCCGGAGAAGUAGCAAACGUCGAUGUCACGGCCCAUGUCAAAAGCGUUCAACACAUUAGGCUGCUUAACAUAGGAAAGCUCAAAUUGGAAGACAUCCUGAUCCUCCACGUGGAUGGUGGCCGCGAUCAUUUCAUUUCUGUACAUGGCCGUUGGCUACCCACAUGUUUCGGCUGCAGUAUCGAAGAACUGACUCGCAUGCCAGAAGGCGGUGCUCGCAGUCUGUCCGAAUCUCAGACUCCCCAUCCAUCCGGCACAGACGGUCCCGCUGAAGUUCGCUUGUCUGCACCCCGCGAGCUGUUCCGCCUGACUGAGGCGAUUUCCGAGCUGACAGAGCGCGCUAUCGCUGAGUGGAGCAUGACAAAUGGCGAAAACGACGAGCACAAGGCUCCAUGGAAGACAGAAGUCUCCGCGGGAGCAUGGCCCUUCGAGCCUGAAACCUGGACUCUGAAGGAUCCCCAAGAGCGCGCUUCCCUCCGAGCGUCUGUUCACGAAGCACUUGACACCAACUCAUCCUUCGACACAAUCUUCGCUCCCGAGGUACCCUCUCUUCAUCGGUUAGAGAUCCUCUGCGAAACUCUCCUAGCCUUCCUCAAUGCCCUCGAAGAUGGCAUCGUCACCGCGAAAGUAUGGCACGAGAUGGAGCAACAGAUAACUGCCCGCGAGAAGUCCAAGGCUCCACCCCUGACUUGGGAAGAAACCCAGGCCUGGGUGCUUGAGCACCUAGCCUACUCGCCUGCACACAGCGUCUCAUUCACCUUUGUCACCUUUAUGCUCGCUCGCAUCGCCAAUGAAGUGGCACCCGUACCGUCCACGAAGUCGCCCCUGUCCUCCGGACAAGCACCAGCAAAUAAACAGCACAAAGAGAACAUAGAUCCAUCUCAUCCUCCUAGCCCAGUCUCUGCUACAUCAUUCAUUACCAGCGGUAGUUUCCGUCGCAAGAAUCGGCAUUCGGGUUCAUCCACCAGCACCAGUCCCGACCCGGCUGCUCAGAACCCAUCGUUAGUUCGCCGACAAGAGAUCGAGACUGCUCUGGCGUCUAUCUUUUCGCGCGUGCUUAUAUCUGCCAAUGCACCCCUGCCCUCCAAGGACAAGGAGCGUCGCAUUGCUGAAGAGCGGAGACGAUCGAUCAUUGAACCCUUUCUGAAGAUGGUUGGAGUGGAUGAUCGAGGUCCAUCUGGAGGUCGGUCUUGA